AUGUCGCUCUCCGGAAACCGGUCCAACUCCACCCUCGGUGGGAACUUCUCGUCCAGCGAUUACACCCCCGGGGACCUCAGCAUCCCGUGGAGAGCGUCCACCGUCUUAUUCAUCAUCAUCACCGCCCUCACCUUACUGCUGGGCGUCCCCGGCAACGGCGCUGUCGUCUGGGUGACGGGCUUCAAGGUAAAGAGGGGCGUCCACACCAUGUGUUUCCUGAACCUGGCUGUGGCGGACCUGAGCUACUGCCUCACCCUCCCCUUCCUGGUGUCCUCCUACUUCGUUCUAAGACCCUGGCCCCAAGAUAAAUUGCCCUGGGUGUUCCUCCUCUCCGCCAUCGCUCUCAACACGUCCGCCAGCGCCUUCCUGUUGACCAUGAUCAGCAUCUUCCGCUGCCUGGCCGUCACUCGGCCCAUCUGGUUCCACCAACAGCUGGGCCAGGCUUGGGUGCGUCUGGCCUGGUUCGGGGUCUGGGGCCUGGCUUUCCUCGCUUCCUUACCCUACUUGCUGAUUGAGCAGGUUGACCUGUAUUUCGGGCAGAAGACCUUGGCAGUGUUGGACGUAACUUGGGCCGUCUUAACCUUCGGCCUCCCCGUUGCGAUCAUGGCCGCCUGCUACCUCGUGAUUGGCCGGGUGCUGUGCAGGGACCAGUUCACCAAGUCCAGGAAGCCCGUCCGCCUCAUCGUGACCGUGGUGGCGGCCUUUAUCGUCUGCUGGCUCCCCAGCACUGUUUGCAGCCUUCUCCAGGCCUUCUCCCAACCCGUUACCACUGAAUGGAACUAUAUUACCUUCGGCUUGGCCUCCUUCAACAGCGCCCUCAACCCCCUUCUCUACGUCCUCUCCGGCCGCGACCUCCGGCAGGUCUUCAGGCGCUCGUUGGCCGCCUCGCUCUACCUGGCCUUCACCGAGGAGGGAGUCCCGCGCUGUGAGCAGGGUCUUAAAGGUCUUGGCUGGACACAGACGCGGAGAAGGAUGUUUUGGUACGGGGAAGAAGACCAGCGUAGACACCAGGCUGGGAUUACUAGCCAGUUGCAGAAUACAUGUCUCCAGAAGGAACGGGAGAUGGAGAUGAUCCAGCAGUGGUGCUGGGCGCUGCAGGAGGCAGCUCAGACUGCCCAGACCCGAGCCAACGACCCCGAGGCCAGGGGUACUGAGGUCGCCUGCAGGCUGAUUCAGCUGCAGCAGGCUCAGGCAGCCCGCUUGUCUGGCUGGCAACUAGACCCGUUUAAAAUCUGA